AUGACUACGAAUGCUCCAGUUUCCGGCGGACCUGGAGAAAUUCCUUCGGUAACUUCCGUCGUGUCUGAAACUCCCUCGGGCGUCACCGCAGCUUCUUCUUCUACUUCCGAAACCGAUUGUAUCUACAUACCUAGCUACUCUCGGUGGUUUUCAUGGACCGACAUCAACGAAUGCGAGGUCCGGUCCCUGCCAGAUUUCUUCGUUUCGAGAUCUCCGUCCAAAAACUCUAGGGUUUACCUUUACUUGAGGAAUUCAAUCAUCAAGCAGUACAGAGACGACCAUCCUCAGAAGAUUAGCUUCACGGACGUUCGGAGAACUCUCGUCGGUGAUGUUGUCUCUAUUCGUCGCGUCUUUGAUUUCCUCGACUCAUGGGGGCUUAUCAACUAUUCUAGCUCCACCUCUGCUAAGCCUCUCAAAUGGGACGAAAAGGAGGCCGGAAAAUCCGCCGGAGAUACUGCUUCCGAGCCUCUCACAACCGCCAAAGAAUCUGCCAAGAGAAUCUGUAAUGGCUGCAAGUCAGUUUGCAGCAUCGCUUGUUUCGCCUGCGAUAAGUAUGAGUUGACAUUGUGUGCGAGGUGCUAUGUUCGUGGUAACUAUCGUGUUGGUAUUAACUCCUCCGAGUUUAAGCGUGUUGAGCUUAGUGAGGAGUCGAAGACAGAGUGGUCCGAGAAGGAAAUUCUGUUGCUGCUGGAAGCUGUUAUGCACUAUGGAGAUGACUGGAAGAAGGUUGCACCGCAUGUUACUGGUAGAACCGAGAAGGAUUGUGUUUCUCAGUUUGUCAAGCUUCCGUUUGGGGAACAAUUCGUGAAAGAAUCAGACUCUGAGGAUGCUUUAGAGACAUUUGAUCAGAUCAACGGCUCUGGUAGUCCUGAAUGUGGAGGAAGAGUUAAGGACGGUUCUUCUCCCAGUAAGCGAAUGAAACUGACACCUCUUGCAGAUGCAAGCAACCCAAUAAUGGCUCAGGCUGCUUUUCUUUCAGCUUUGGCUGGAACAAAUGUUGCAGAAGCAGCAGCUCAAGCUGCAGUGACAGCUCUAUCUGAUGUAGACAACAAGGCUAACAAAAACGCCGGUGGAGACCCAAAUCGACAAGAGGCCAAUGCUGCAUCGGGUGGUGAAACCACUAGAAACGACUCAGAAAGAGCUUGGGCGGAUGCAAAAUCCCAGGUUGAGAAUGAAGAGCGGGAGGUAGAAGGAGGCAUCAGAGAGAUUGUAGAAGUGGAGAUGGUGAAGAUUCGAGAUAGGAUUGUACAUUUUGAGAAAUUGGAUUUGGAAAUGGAGAGAAGCCGGAAACAGUUGGAGGAGAUGAAGAAUCUGCUUUUCGCCGAUCAAUUAAACAUCUUCUUCCACACAAGAAGAAGCCGGAAAGCAGAAGAUAAAGUAGAGAGUUAG